UGUCCGGCUGGUCUUUAUGGGCCAAACUGCGCACAUGAAUGUAUUUGCCAGAACGGGGCCGAGUGCAACGCUAAGGAUGGGUCGUGCAUUUGUCCGCCAGGAUUCUAUGGAGCAACUUGCAGUGAAGUCUGCCCAGCAGGAAGAUACGGAACGGACUGCAUGAAGCUGUGCGACUGUCAAAAUGGAGCUCUCUGUAGCCCUGUGGAUGGAAAAUGUGAAUGUCGCUCUGGUUGGACAGGAGACAAUUGUGAGAAGCCAUGUGAGCCUGGGAACUUAUGGAAAGGUAAAACAUCCCACGAAACCAUAGGUCUUGCUUAUUAG